CUUCAGCUUUUCACAGAUGGAAUCACAAAUAAACUUAUUGGCUGUUAUGUGAGUAAUACAAUGGAGGAUGUAGUCCUGGUGCGAAUUUAUGGCAAUAAGACUGAGUUGUUAGUUGAUCGAGAUGAGGAAGUGAAGAGUUUCCGAGUGUUGCAGGCUCAUGGCUGUGCACCACAACUCUACUGUACCUUCAAUAAUGGACUAUGCUAUGAAUUUAUACAGGGAGAAGCAUUGGAUCCAAAGCAUGUCUGCAACCCUGCCAUUUUCAGGCUAAUAGCACGUCAGCUUGCUAAAAUCCAUGCUAUCCAUGCACACAAUGGCUGGAUUCCCAAAUCUAAUCUAUGGCUAAAGAUGGGAAAAUAUUUCUCUCUCAUUCCCACAGGAUUUGCAGAUGAAGACCUUAAUAAAAGGUUUUUAAGUGAUAUCCCAAGCUCUCAGAUUCUUCAGGAAGAAAUGACUUGGAUGAAGGAGAUUCUUUCCAACCUGGGCUCACCUGUUGUGCUUUGCCAUAAUGACCUAUUGUGUAAGAAUAUAAUCUACAAUGAGAAACAAGGUGAUGUACAGUUCAUUGAUUAUGAAUAUUCUGGAUACAACUACUUGGCAUAUGAUAUCGGAAAUCAUUUCAAUGAAUUUGCAGGUGUGAGUGAUGUAGACUAUAGUCUCUAUCCAGACAGACAACUACAGGGCCAAUGGUUGCGUUCUUACCUUGAAGCAUACAAAGAAUUUAAGGGCUUUGGGACUGAAGUUACUGAAAAGGAGGUGGAAGUACUCUUUAUUCAGGUCAAUCAGUUUGCAUUGGCUUCUCAUUUCUUUUGGGGAUUGUGGGCUUUGAUUCAAGCCAAAUACUCCACCAUUGAUUUUGAUUUCCUUGGGUAUGCAAUUGUUCGUUUUAACCAGUACUUUAAAAUGAAGCCUGAAGUUACUGCAUUAAAAGUGCCUGAGUAAAGAAGAGAUUUGAUUAUUCUCAAGUGGCUGAACAAUGCUUGUGUAUCUUUUCUUAAGAAAUUUUGAAAAGCCAAUGUUUGUUAAAAUUCUGUUGUUUAAUUUGGUUAUCUUGCUUUACAAAUUAUGCCUCUAAACAACCAAUCUAUUUUUUAAAUAGACUGAAUGAUGUCAAGAAGUAUACCUACUGCUAUAAGUAUGUGGUGGAUUAGAAGUUUGUUAAAUCUGCAAAAAGGUAUAAAUAUGUCAGUUUAAUCCUUUCUUUGAUAAUUUAAUCUAUGUUAUAUGUGAAUUAUUUAUUAUAAAUUUAACAUAAUUCUGUGACUGCUUUUAUCUGUUUCAUCUGUUGGUUGAGUGUAAGCAAUGAAAAUGUUCCAGAGAAAAAUUUUUUUAAAGUUUUAAUUUAGGAAUUUUAAUUUUAGCAAACAAUCUAGGUGUUCAUUGUAACCUUUUUAUCUUGAUACACUAUAAGAAAUAUGAAUCAUUCACUCUUAAAAUGCCAGAUACUGGUAUAGAUAACUUAGGGUGGUAAUAGAAAAAUAUCUGUGUAUGAGGGUAAAUUACAUUUACUGUCUACUUUUAGUGGUACAUCUUUUUGAAUCGAAUAUUGGAAAGUGUUUUUCUUGGGGGGGAAUAUAUCUUAAAAUUAAAUUAUCCUUGCAUACAUAGUCUGACAGUAUAAAUAUUAGUAUUUACCUAUAAUCCUGGAAUAGAUAUGAUUUUAUGUUACCAAAAUCUGCAUUAAAUAAUGUUUUCACAUACUAAAUACAGUCAUUUAAGUUACUAGUUUGUUCUUAAAAUUUGAUAAUACCACAUUUUUUUUUUACCAAAAAUUUUACUUACUGAAAUAUUCUUUGUUUCUGUCUGUUUAGCUAGUAGAACAAAUGCUAAUUUCUGAAACAAAGAUAGAAUGGUUAUCAUAUUUGGGAACAAGAAAAUAGCAUUUAGAUAGAUUCUUUUUUACCUUUCCAGAUUCAUUCCUUAACACUUUGUUUCAUGUUUCAGUUUGGCUCCAUGUCUUUAGAAUGAUAGCAAAUGAUUACGUGAUAUAUGUAGCUUCAGAGAAAUAAAUUAAAAGCAGUUAAAAGAAAUAACAUUUAGGACAUUGAUCUAAUACACUUAAAAUCUAACAAAAUGUGAAUUAAACAGAAAUAUUCAUGGUAGGAGGUCUUCUGUUUUAGUUUCUCUUGGUUUUGUUUUUAUUUUUUUCUUUGGGAGUAGGAGGGUAGCAAUUACUAUAUGGAAGGAAGUUAGAUCUUUGCAAUCAGUAGUCUUCAAGUUUUGAAGACUGAUGGUUUGUGGAGUUGAGCAGUCAUGGUUAACUUAGAAAAUGAGUCUGAUAGGCUUUGCACUUUGGUCACAUAAGUGCCCAUGUACAAAGUUGACUUAAUGAAUUUGCAUAUUCAGAAUAUGCAAUUACAAAUAUAUCCUCUGAGAAAUCUUCUGGGGAGUUUGAUGUAUUAUUCCAAAUGACUUAUAUUCUCAGAUAAGUGCUUUAAAAUACUUGGAUUAUCUCAAGAUGUUUAAAGCUAAUAAAGUAAGUAGAAACACUUGAAGGCCAUUUUAAAUGGUAAAUUCUAGUUACAUAAAUAGAAUCUUAAAAUCUGCUUGUUUCUAUAACAGUGUUAGACUAAAAUUUGUUUUCUACCUCCCCAAUGUUAAAAUGUUCACUUCUGUUUUUAUAAACCAUAUUACUAUAGGAUCAGUAGAAUUUUACCUAAUUGACUAAAUGAAUGGAACCAAUUAAUUGAUAGCUUUUUACAUAAUGUUAGAGUGAGCUGAAGAAUGUUUUUGGUGGAAUUUUCAUCUGCAAUUGGAAGAUUUUCUUAGGACAAUGAAUAAUAUAUUAAAAAACCCUUGAUUUUUUUUUUUUUUUUUUAAUUUCUGACUUCUUAAAGUGCAACAAUAUAUAUCUUGGAGAACUGUGGGAGGAGAGAUCAGUUUUCUACCUUAUUCCAUAUUCUUCCAACUAUCUUGAGUAGAGAUUCACUGAGCCUUUGCUGGUAGACUGUGCAUAGCUGCUAGCUGUGAUACUCUUGUUUUUCAGAGAGAUUCAUAUAGAACUGAAUGUAAAGGGGAAUAGAGGCUUUCACUUUAGCCCUGGGAGUAUGCAGUGGAAGUUGGAAACAAAAUGAGACAUAUAAGAUAUUUUCCCCACUCUUGGCUAGAUAUUGGGUGUCAUGAUGCUACCACAUCCUGUACAGGUCUUUGGUAUCAUGCUGCAGACUAAUAAGUGGGUUCAAAAUUGCUUUUCUUUUUAUCCACCAUUUAAAGGAUUCUAAAGGAAAAACAUCCCUCUAAAAUUUGUCCUUUGGCUUGCUGAGAUGUCUUUUGCUUUUUUAUGUUACGCUAAGGAACUUGAAUGCCUUACCUAAUAACUCAGCUGGUAGUAAGUUCAUUUUGUAAAUAUGAAAAUGGUUGUUAGAGAAGUGGCAUUCAUGUAUACUCAUUGUUGUCAGUCAAUAGACCAUAGUGGCCUGGAUGCUUUAACAAGCAAAAUUCCACAUUUUUUCCUUUUGUUCCUUACGUACUUAUAUGAUCUUACCUGACCAGUAAUAUUUUAUUUUUCCCCUCUUGACCCCAUGCUACCACCUGAUUUUCUGGAAAUCAGAGAGAUAUGGUAGUGAAUCAUACUGUUCACAUGGUCAUUUGAGAUCAACAUGAGCACAAAACUCAGCUAGGUCUGCCUGGAAUGUAUAUAAAACAGUGUAAAUAAAGAUUGUAAACUAGUGUGAAUUGUAUCUUGCAUAUGAGAUUGUGUAUUGUUUUGCGUUCUCUUUUGUAGAUUUUUUUUUUUCCUUUUUUUGGUAAGGAAAUGAUUCAGCUCUUUGGUUUUAGACUGGAAAUAGCCAAAAGUUCUGGCUGCAUAGUGGGAUAACAAGGGGAACUGGAAAAAUAGGGUUUAUCAGUUUUUGUUAAUGUCAGUACUUAUUUAUUUAGCCUCUCAGUGCCUAAUAUGACUUUUCUUCAUUCUUUAGUUGGCCAUUAGUUUUUGUGAGAUUAGAUUCUUAUGAGCAGUAAAUUGAUAAACUAACUGCUAGAGCUACUUUUUUGAGUCAUGAUUCUAAGCUAAAGCAAAUUAAAAAUAUAAUGUGAUGAUUGCAGACUGAAGUAUUAUCCUUUCCUAUUUUCAAGGUUGUUAACCUUUUUCUACAAAAAAAA